AUGGCCGCGCUGGUGUUUGAGGCGGCGCAGGCGAUCUCCAUGGAGGGGAAGAAGGAUGCGAAGCAGAAGGUAAAGUGGCUCAAACACUACUCCUCGGCGCAGAGCAUCCUGAUUGUCGGAGACGGCGACUUCUCCUUCGCUCUGGCGCUCGCCACUGCAUUUGGCUCCGGCGAGAACCUCGUGGCCACCUCCCUCGACUCAUACGGAGCUAUGGUUCUGAAACAUUACCAAGCAGUAUCAAAUGUGAUAGAGCUGAAGAGACUGGGGGCCACAGUUUUGCAUGAUGUCAAUGCAACCACUAUGAAGCUUCAUACUUCUCUGAAGAUGAAACAAUUCGAUCGGAUUGUAUUUAACUUUCCUCAUGCUGGGUUCAAUGGACCUGAGACCCAGUUGCAUGUGAUCAACUCGCACAAGGAGCUGGUGAGGAUUUUCUUCCGUAGUGCAAGCGAGUUGCUAUCUCCUGACGGAGAGGUCCACGUCAGCCACAAGACAGGGCACCCUUACGACAGAUGGGAUAUCGAGCAGCUGGCCUCUGAAUAUUCUCUUGUUAUGUCUGAGAAAGUUCCUUUUGACAAGCGAGAUUACCCAGGCUACAACCAGAAGAGAGGAGAUGGUCGAAAGUGCAAUCGAUCGUUCCCGCUGCGCAAUGGCUGCACUUUCAAGUUCUGCGUUGAACAUACCGAAGCUGAAGACGCUAGUGCGUUGGUUAGUCUUGUUGCUGCACUGGCCAAGUGCACGCACUGA